AUGUCAGACAGCAAGAAAACUGUUUUUGUAUCAGGUGCUUCUGGUUUUAUUGCUAAACACCUUAUUAAAAGUUUAUUAAGCUCUAGGAACUAUAAAGUAAUUGGAUCAAUAAGAACCAAAGAAAAGGCCGAGAAAUUGCAUCUACUAUUCAAAAAUGACCCAAACCUAAUAUUUUCAGUCGUGUCUGAUAUUUCUAAUCCAAACGCUUUUGAUGAGAGCUUCCAAAAGCAUGGUGUCCAAAUUGACUAUGUUUUACACACGGCAUCCCCACUAUUUUUCACUGUCAAAGAAAGUUGUGAAAAAGAGAUAUUGGUUCCAGCUGUAAACGGUGUUAAAUCUAUUUUGCAUGCAAUACAGUUAUAUGGACCUAACGUGAAAAAAAUUGUCUUGACUUCUUCUUCUGCUGCCUUGGCACAAGCAAAAGACGAUGCCACACCAGGGCUUACUAUUAAUGAAGCAUCAUGGAAUGCCAUUACUUGGGAAGAAGCCAAAAAAAAUCCAUACUAUGCUUAUUAUGGUAGUAAGACUUAUGGUGAAAAAUAUUUCUGGGAAUUUAUCAACAAACACAAAUCUAGGUUUGCUGGCACUGCAAUUUGUCCAUCUUACGUUUGGGGACCUCAAACUUUUGAACAGGAUAUCAAAAGUACUUUAAAUUCCUCAUGCCAAGUUAUUAAUGAAGUGCUACAUACAAAACCCGGUUCUAUAGUAGACAAUGACUAUUGUGGUUCGUGUAUUCACAUCGAUGACGUUGUUAAAGCCCAUAUAAAAUGCUUAGAAGAUGAUAAUUUAGCAUACGAAAGGCUAUUUCUUGAAAAUGGAAGGUUCACUCUGCAAUCAAUUGCUAACCAAAUCAAUGAAGAUUUUCCGAAUCUAAAGGGCAGAAUUGCCAAAUACAUACAAGGAAUAGACGAAGAAAAAUUUAAAACUAUGGCUACGUUGGAUAACAGAAAAACUAGGGAGUUGCUAGGUUUCCAAUUUAAAAGUUUUAAGGAAUGUAUUGAUGAUACAAUUUCUCAGAUUUUGAAGGUUGAAGGCGGUUUAUAA